GUCAAGCGCGAAGCGCAGUUUCUCGGCGACAGGUGCUUCUAUGAAUUUUCUCACCAUAGGAUGUUUACACCUGGGAAUCAGGGAAACGCGAAGGCCGUAAUGACUAGCGAGGGCUGUAGAAUGACGAGUGGCCGUGGCAACGCGACCAACGAGCCGACGGCGAGGCGGUGAACGUGUAACAGAGUCUGCGGGUCUGCGACAUCGACGCCGACAUCGUGAGCUUUACUCCGGCCAAUCCCUCCUGUUUAAACGAAUGCCGAACGCUGCCUUCCUCGCGUAUAAAUACAUUCGGUCCCGUGAAUAAAUUAUGAGCGUGGACAGCGAGAACAAGUCGAGCGAGUCGCGAACGAUCGCGCCGUACAGCGCGGAGAACGGCACUGACAGUGGUGUCGAGGGUGGACCGGUGACUCCGGAAAUGGUGCUUCGAUUACCAACCAUCACAGACAAGUAUCUCUGCUCUCCCGAGGCGAACAUCUAUGACAUAGACUUUACGAGAUUCCAAAUUAGAGAUCUAGAAACUGGUGCUGUACUGUUCGAGAUAACAAAGCCUCCUGCUAGUGAAUGUGAUGUUCAUCAAGAACCAGAGCCAGAUUGCGAAGAACUCGGAUCUGAGGAUGCAAACACGGGACGCUUUGUACGAUACCAAUUCACUCCACAAUUUCUGAAGUUAAAAACAGUUGGGGCAACAAUCGAGUUUCUAGUAGGGCCUAAGCCGAUCAGUAACUUCCGGAUGAUCGAACGGCACUUUUUUCGAGAUAGGCUGCUGAAAACCUUUGAUUUUCAAUUUGGAUUUUGCAUACCUAACAGCAAAAAUACAUGCGAACACAUCUAUGAGUUUCCAACAUUGCCUGCGGAUCUAGUUUCCGAAAUGAUCGCGAAUCCAUUUGAGACGCGAUCCGAUUCAUUUUAUUUCGUCGACAAUCAGCUUGUGAUGCACAAUAAGGCCGAUUACGCCUACAACGGUGGGCAUACAACACACGACGUAUUGUAAUACGGUUUGUUGAUUAGUAUUAUUGCAAGUGAUAUAUAGAAUUAUAAAAGUAUAUCACAGUUAUACAUGUUACAGCGAUGAUGAUGAUGAUAAUCAGUUUGCACAUUCAGUUAGAGUUUGACUUUUUGUCUUUUGGCACAAAAACGAGCUUAAAAAUGUGCGGAUCACCACCGAUCCCUGAACACGCGAAUAUUGUUGCAAUGGAAACGCUUUAAAGUUAUACUUAAUUUGUUGACGAAUAGUUCCUAUUUUUUCUUUAAGGAAAAAAAACUAUUAUUUAUAAAUUAUUAAAUCAAAGUGAUAUUUAGUUUUAUAAAGUAUUUUACUGACGUCUGUUCUUACGUGAUGCGUUCGCUAAUGGCGAGUAUGGUUAUUUGAGCAAACGUAGCACAUUGACACACGUGGCCUCUAAUUGUAAGUGGAAUUACAUCUAGUUCCACGAGCUUUCUAAUGUUUAAAGUACAGCCUACACAGUUCCCACGACAACAUGUGCGACGGAGAGCGAACUGAAUUAGGAAUUGCGUUUUUUGACGCUUAACGGCGCUUUUCAGCUGCAAUAACGUAACUUGCAGUUUCUUUUCACUCUUACACGACUAUUAUUGUUUGAAUACUUUUCACAAUUGUUCUGUAAUAUUGUGGAGUUCAUCCAAAAAUACACAUAUAUAUUUACAAAGGA